AUGGAGAACGUGUGCUCUUCGUUGGAGAGUCCUCAAUGCCCCGAGGGCUACCAGCUCAAGGGCUCUGACUGUGUCUCAACCGAGACACUCGCCUGCCCCGAAGACACAAAGCUUGAAGGGGAGCAUUGUGUGAGCAUUGACGCCCCGACCUGCGAGGGAGAUGCACGCUUUGACGGUACCAACUGCGUUGUUACCACCCCCGAAUGCGAAACCGGCAAAUAUUUCAACGGCAAGGAUUGUGUUACCAUUAAUCAGCCUUCUUGUACCUCCGGUACGAUCUUUGACGGACACCGCUGUGUCUCCUCCAACCGUCCCGAGUGCCCCGUUGGCAGCUUGCCCAGCCACGGCACCUGCAUCACCAACUCCCGCCCUAGCUGCAAAUCCGGGUCUGUCCUCGUGGGUGACGACUGUGUCACUGGACCUCCCCAAUGUGACAAGGGUCUCAUCUUCGACGGUACUCAGUGUGUCACCAUCGACCACCCCACUUGCCCUCCCUCGUAUAAGUGGGUCAAUGAGGAAUGUGUGAACACCGAGGUCAAGGGCUGUGAGCCAGGCUACACCUUGCGUAACGGCAAAUGUGUCUCUGAUGUGCGACCCGAGUGUGAGCCCGGUACCAGCUUCAAUGGCACCGCCUGUGUGGGUGAUGCUCCUGAGUGUCCUCCCGACACGGUCUUUGACGGUACCGAGUGUGCCUCGGAGGAGAUCCCCGGCUGUCCUACCGGCCUCAAGUUCAACGGCAAGAAGUGUGUUGCCGAGACCGAUCCCUCGUGCCCGACCAACACCAAGUGGGAUGCUGCUUCCAAGGAGUGUAUCGGCGACAAGCCACCGCAGUGUCCUCCUGGCCAGGAGUUCAACGGAGAGCACUGUGCUUUGGUUGAUGGCGAGUGUAUGGAGUUCGAGUACUGCCCUGCACGGUCUUUGGGGGUUGUGCUGUUCGAUGGUGCAAAGAUGUAA